AUAAUUUUUGAAACUUGAGUAUAAAUACCCGAAAAUUGAGCUACAGAAGACACAGUCGCCUAAUUGUCUUUAAGCAAGUACAACCCGUCUAAAAAACACUAACCUCUUCAAUAUGAAAUUCCUCAUUGUUGCUUUGGCUUUUGUUGCCUGCGCCUACGCUGAUGUCUCUGAGUUGGGCUAUGACUACCAACAACCCUCCGCUCCUGCUCCAGCCCCAGUUGAACCAGAAAGAUCUUAUAUCCCACCCGCACCAGUUGUACCAGCACCAGCCCCAGUCAACUCUUAUGUACCACCACCACAACCUCAACCCGCUCCUGCUCCUGUCAACACCUAUGUGCCUCCAGCACCUCAUGUAGAAGAGCCCGUCAACUCUUACAUUCCUCCCGUGGAACAACCCCUUGCCCCCGUUGAGGAAAUCGAACAAACCCCUGAAGAUGGUUACCGUUACAAGACUGUCCGCCGUGUUGUCUACAGACACCGUGCUUAAAUUAUUUUUUAAAUAAUUUUUAGAACAAAUUGUUAUAGAAUUUUUUUUCUCUUUUUAAUGUUAAAAUAUAAAAAAACCCAAAAAAAAAA